AUGCUAACUAGCGAACAAGGCGGGGGAAAAGAUUCUUGUAACUUCUUUGAGUUAACGAGUGGGACUGGAGACGAAGAGGAAAGUUUUUCGGUAGUGCCCGGUCCAACUUCAACUAGCCCGGUUGUCGAUGAUAAAGGCAGCGAAUUCCGUUCGAAUUCCGGCCCUUCUUCACUGAGUCUCAGUCAACCAUUAUACAACGCCCAUGAUAAGGAAAUAUUUGACGACAAUUUAUUAUUAGAAUACAGAGCACUGCUUCAACAUCGCCCAAACACGACCAGUCGAAUAAAUUAUACUACAUUAAAGACUUCUUACGGUCAUAAUUAUGCUUUUCAGGGGAUAGGACGCAUAAUUGAGGAAUACAAUCGUUCACGAGGAAUCCUUGAAACCCGCAACAAAACUCACUGCGCACUGCCUAAAGUUAACAACAAAACAACAACAGGUCAUUUAGGAAACGCGGACAAAAGACGUUCACAUACAGCGGCUUUACCCGUGAUACUUAAACUUACGCACAGAAAAAAGUGUGGUGUCAGCGGUAAGCUUGCAGAGGACAAAGACACAGAUGAGAGAGUCCUACCUACAACUUUGAAUAAGUCAGCGGAGGCAUCGUACUCCAUCAUGACUCCAUAUAUGGCGAAUAUUGUGUGGUCUGUAAUGGAAGAUGAGAAGGUGCAAUGAGAAAACAGUCUGAGGCUAUUGUCACACUAUACCGGGUAGCUUUUACGCCGGCACAGAAACUAUACUGGAUAGGGCUUCUGUUUACACAUAAGAACGGUGAUUUCGGCGCGAUUUCUGUAACGGAGCGAUGCUGCGCCGCGCCCAUCUCUAAAGUGGAGAGUCACAUAUCGGAUAGGUGUUCAUACUAUACUGGAUAGUUUUUAGUGUCAGCAAAAUAAACUGUCCGGGGUAGUGUGAACAUAGCGUUUAUUCAAACCGCGGAGAAAGCAAUUUUACCGCAGUACGUAGCCUGCGAGCAAGCUCUCCAUUUGGGAGAUAUCGUGAAAAGUAGACGCGCGAGAGGAGACGCGAAAGCGUGGACGGGGAAGAGAGUCCUUUCCUCGGUCCCUCGCGCCUCGCUUCGCUCGCUUAAAUAGGAAAGCUUGCUUGCAGGCAAAGCAGUACGUUUCCAGCGCUACAACUAUAAUCUAACGCAUUUAAGUGUUUUACACACCCAGGUCAAAGCGGCUACGAAAUAGUUUGUUUUACUCGGUCAAACGGCAAACGUGAAAUUGUACCACGUGACCAAGUUUUUCCCUUAACUGUCGUUUACCUGUUUAUUACUUCUACUCAAAAAUAAGUAGUUUCACGCCGGUUUUAUACAUAAGAAUUGUUCUGGACAGUUUUUAUCUGUUUAUUUUUUUUAUUUUAAGAAAUUCUCAACUUGAAACUGACAUUUGCCGUUUGUCGUAAACGUGAUGAUAAUUAAUAAUUACUAUAAGGAGGUCUAACGACAAAUGAGAACACGAAAGCGCUCAAAAAUGACUGAACGCGACUUCCGGUUCCUGAUUUGCUGCUCUGCCAUUGGUCAAUUCCAUUUUUCAGAUCUGCGCGCUUCACCGUCACUGCCGUCUCGUAUUUUAAAAAUCUUCCUAUUAUCGCAGUAUCUACUGAGCGUGGUGAGUCUUUAACGCAAAGCAUUUCAUAGCCUUCUACCAACUGGUUGUUUCACCGUGGGGUUCAGAUACCAAUAACCGUAAAUAUUCGUUUGGGCGUCCUGGGCGCUCAAUUAAAUUUUGGGCUUUGAUAAAGGGCGCUUACUCGAGGCGGGCGCUUGUUCGAGGCUGAGCGCUUAUUAAAUUUUCAUUAUUUUCAGCAAGUAGUAAGUCAAAUUUUUAAAAAAAAACAGUAAAUAAUAACAAAACUUGAAGAUGUACAACAGCAGAAUUAUAACUGUGCAUUGGAAGUUUAUUUUUAAAAAAGGCUAAGAAUUCGGUCUCUUAGUAGCACCUAGUCAAUUUCUACAUGUAUCUCAUUGUCAAUAAGGUCAAUAAGCGAAUGCUCUAGUGUUGCCACGUAGAUGUCUCACAGUGCAACGUCUGCAAAUGGGUCAGUAAACGAGAAGCAGAUAUGGCAGAUAAGAUAUAAUAACCAAUCCUCUUUUCGUCCACUUCAGCUCUUUUUUUGGCGAGCGGGAGGGUGGUGGGUGGGGAGGGAGCUUAUUCAAGGCUGGGCGCUUAUUAACUUUUCCUUCCUACAGGAAAGGCACUUAUUCGAGUCUGGGUGCUCAAUCGAAUAAAUACGGUAAAUGUCAUAGUCACUUCCUUUGACAUUUUGGCAUUUCCAUAGCAAUGGGAAUCAAUCCCAUUCUGAACUCACCUCGGGAAGGGGUCAUUUAUAACAUGCCGUUUUGUCUCCAUCGCGGGAGAAUAGAACGAUUUUCGUUUGACCUUGAAAUGAAAACGCGCGCACAAAACAGAAACAACAAACGAACGGAAAUACACCGAUUUGAUUGGUUUAUCAAACGGACACAAACGCGCAUGGUUUUUCUUUGUUUCUCGGGUGAAAAAACUUCAUGCCCGAGAACUUUCUAGAAAUCAAUCGAUACUUCGCUUUGACAUCAUACUGCAACACGAUUGGCCAAUCUAAUCAUGCCUUCUCCAUAUUAGGGUUUUCUUUGGCAGGAAAACGAAGAGUCCGUGUUUUGAUCUUUUCCCUGAUAAAACAAAUAACCAACACUUACCGAAACCAUUUUUCACGGUCAUACGAAAAUCGCUGUAUAUAGCCAGUUAAAGAACCGCCACUGUACCCAACGUACUGAUCCAGUCUCAUUCAGAACUUCAAAAAGACCAAUAUACCUCUCGGGCGUCAAAUUCCUUGUCAUUAUGACAUUACCAAUACCAUGUUCAAGUUGGAAACUCUUCUUCAGUGUCGCCGGUUUCUGUACUGAAUGAUUUCUUAACAACAAAAGGGAGGACUAGCUCAAGCAACCGCGUCAAUAAGUUUUCCAAAGUGGUCAUAGAUCAUUUCCUUUUCAAAGCUCAAUGAUCUGUGGCAUUGGACCCCUCCACUGACCUUUCCAGUAUGAAUUUCCCUGCCGAGAGUUGCCUCCCGCAGACUUAGCUCAAUUCAAAGGUUCACUAAGGCAUACAUUAAAUCCCUUAACCACUGCCUGCGUUGCAGCCGACCCACGAAUCAUCUAGACCAUUGGUAUAGUCCGUCUGCAAACAGCAAGAUGCCAGUUCACAAGGGGACUGCAUCCUGUAAAUUGCUUGUCACAUACAUGUGUACAUGUACUUAAUGCGAUUGUACUUUACCUUUGGUUCAGCACUGUUGAAUUUGAUUGUGGCUUGCAAAACGAAGUCUGUUCAAAACCAUGCCAUGCUUUUCGUGGUUUUUGUAUACACAGGAUACUUUCCGACUGUAAUUUGACUCAUGUACUUCUUAAUAAGAUGACAAGCUGGUGUCAUCAGAACAGGAGGUAUCUGUUACAAAAGUAAAGAAGGUUUCAAAAAUUCCAAGUUACAAUGUAUUUGUGACUAGAUAUAUGCAUACAUUGAAGUUAAAGAGGCACAGAUGAUAUGGACUAGCUACACCAACAGCCAUUACACCUUUGAUGAUGCCGGCCAGCUGGUGGUUUAAAAAUGCAUUUUUGACCACAUCACCAAUGAUGCAGUCAGAGAGAGAAGAAUCAGGCAAGCCAUUGGGCCCUAUGAUGAUAUAUUAACCACGGUAAAGAAACGCAAGUGAAAGUGGUUUGGGCACGUAUCAAGAUCAGCAGGGCUCGCCAAGACAAUUUUACAAGGAACAGUGCAAGGAGGGAGAAGAAGGGGCCGACAAAAGAAGCAUUGGGAAAAUAAUGUCUCUGAGUGGACAGUUUUGCAACACCCUAAGAGAAGCUGAAAACAAAAUCAAAGGGAGGGAAAGGGUUGCUAGGUUCAUGGUGCCCCAACAGUCACCAUGACUAUGGGAUAUAUAUAAGUGCAAAUGCAAGGUGCUUUUGGGCCGGUUGUCCAAGUUUUUGUGUGGAAAAGGCUAAAACUGAUAUUUGAUAGCAUUUGUCAGCCUCCUACAUCUCACAUUUGCCAACGUUUGCCACUGUAAGCCUCUGUUAGGGGCUGCCCCCAUAGAGAAUUUCAUUCUAGUACUUAAAAGUACUAGAAUGAGUGUCUUGCAAAACCUCACUAGUCAGUGAGUGAUGAGUCAAGUAAAAGGAAAUCUGCAAGCCUGAAUAAAAUAAAUGCCAACUAUUUCAAGUCUGUGCUUGCCCUAAUAGUAGCCAGUGCUUAACCCUAAUCACUGUUUUCAGUGUUCAGUAUUGAUGUUUACUCACCCCAUCAACUUGUGUCAGUGCAUAUCAGCCUGUGUCAACCUGAUUACCCUUUUUACCCUCCAUCAGCCUCUUCUGGCCUCUGGUUGCCUCUGUCAGCCUGUCAGUCACUGUUAACCUAUGUCUGUCCCUGUCAGCUACUGUCGCCCCUUGGUUGCAGAAUCUAGUGAAGAAAUAAGUGAUUUCAAUGGAAUAACACAGAAAUCUUUUGUGAAAGUAAACCAGAGAAAACUGGGAAAAUGUGAAAAAUUUCAGGAAUGUUUACUGUGAAGUGAGCAAUCACAAGUUUGGGACAGGCAAGAAAACCUCACCACCUCCUAAACUGUUGUGAGGAAAAACCAACAUGGUGUGGAAAAACUAAACUGCUAACAGUAACAGUAAUUAUUACUGUUACUGUUUGCGGUUUAGUUUUUCCACACCAUAUUGGUGUUUCCUCACAACACAUUAACGUUCCAUGGAUACUUCUGGUGUUUGCAGUUUUGUGCGUUUCAGAGUAAACCAAUGAGAGGCGAAGAAAUAUUUUGAAUGAAUCCUAAUGAUACCUCCUUGCAAAGCAAGGUUUAUAAUUUUGUCAACCUGACGUUGUGUGUGGUAGGUGCAUGGGUUGCGGUGAGUAAAGAAAACAAAACUGCAAUAAACUUGGCCCGGUUGUUUUUGCGGCCAAUUUGGCCAUCAAGAAUCCCUUUAACAAUGUAUUUCGAUGGCAGAGGCACUUUGAAGAGAAAAUGGAGGCGACUUGUAUUUUUUUCUCGGAUGGCUUUUUUCCCCAUUUAUCCUACUGCUGGUCUUUUACCAGACCAUGAGCUUCGCGAAGUUCUGAAAUCUAGAAAAAUUACAAUUUCGGGGAGCAAGAGUAUUAGGGACCUCAAGCAACCACUGGAGGCGGUCAAGAAGAGGCGGAGAGGGCCACGAGGGAUCGAUCGCGAGUGGGUCGAGGCCACAACCCCAUCACUUUUCAGCCCAACUCUGAAAAAUUGCAAACGGUACAAGAAAAGAACCUCAAAAUUAAGGCUAUCUUCCUUAAGUUCCAAAUGUGAUACUAUUCCAGGCUAUAAGUUAACUUAAAUCUUGAUACUUGAACCUGGAAUAUUAUAACCAGGCAAGGACAAAUUGGGCAAAGACUUGCUGAGACUUGGCGCCCACUUGCUAAGGAAAGGUGAAAAAUACAUACUUACCAACAUUCUAUACAUCUUUUAAGAUAUUAUCACUCCAUAGCGAUUAGAAUAAAACUUGUGCAGACCUCUAGAAAAAGGCUUAAAGGGGAACGUUAACGUCUUCAUGCUGGCUCAAAAAUUAAAAUGGCCGCGCUUUGCAUAUAAGGACAUUUGGUGUGGCAUACAUAAACUAAAACCUACGUCUCCUGGUGUUGAGGGAGACUGGGAAUAGAGUUAUGGCGGCGGACAUGGCGGGAAACCAAAGAAGCUAAAAACCAUAAUUAUUUGGAUUGGAAAUUCUUCAGUGUUUGGUUUGAUUUUUGUUCUACAAUAACUGCAGUUACUUGCGAUUGGCUGCUGCUUUUUUUGAACAGGAUUACGUGUGAAUCGUGCCUAGAUUUGUCGUGGUCUGGGCCUCGGAGUUCAGUCUCGGAGUUAGCAGUAUCUUCAUCCGAAAUCAAUUCUGCCAGAUCAGCAAAUAAACUUGCUCAGCGAAGAUGUCUGACUGGUCAUCAACGUUUUGGGGAAGUACGGCCGGACUGUUUGGAGAAGAAGAUGAAGAUGAUGCUUUCGAUCCAGAUCGUCAAGUUUGUAUUGUUUUCCUACAUGUACCAAAUCGAUUUCGGUUUUUCGUGUUACAGCUAGCCUCGCGGGCGUUAUCAAUUGAACGGUCCAAGCUGAAAUUGAACCCAAUCGAUCAAGUUUAAAUGGCUCGAUUGGACUCAGCGAUUUACCUCCCCCUCCAAUAGAACGUUGUAAUAAUUACGUUUGGUUCAAGGAUUAGGUCAUAUUGGAGUGGAGGAAAUGUGUACUGAAGAUACAUCAGCUGAGGACGUUCGAUUUUUUUAUCCACUCUUUUCAAAGUUGCCAACAAAAAAUGAACUCUUCGGAUUUCAUUUUUCCAAAGGACGCUGACGAAAAAUUGAGGGUUCCGAUUGCUUCCAUGUUUGGGGGGAUGGGGGUUGGGGAUAAAAAUGGAAUGUGUCCAGUAAAAAAAAGAAAAUUAAUAUGUGAAAUGCAUCAUCAUCAUCAUCAUUGUAAUAAUAAUCAUCGUCAUAAUCACCAUCCUUACUUUGUAUAUGUUACGCAUCAAAAUUGAAAUCAGGUUAAAAUUUUUUAACCUAGGUUGAUUCUCAAUUUUCUUUGUCUCCUAGCCCUAAUUAUUGAAGAAUAAAUUAUCAGAACAAUAGGGCUAGGAGCAAAAAAAUUUAGAAUUAACCUGGUUAAACCAUUUAACCUGUAAUUUUCACCUGUAACGUAUGUGUGGUAUAAAAGUACUAGGCAUCAUAAAUCAUAAAUGAAAUAAAAUUAAUAUUAUAAUAUUAUUACCAUCUUUAUGAUAAAAAUAAAUUAUUAAUACAGUGUUUCACUUGAGACUAUGUAUAAUAAUAUAAAAUUAUUUGGCUGGUUUAUAGACACCAAAAAUUGCUACACCUUCACCCCUCCCCCUCCAUCCAAAACCCAUUGCUCUGAUCCCUACCUUACUCUGAUAAAGAAACUACUCAGAUCCAAAGGAUUGGAAAAAGUGAUUACUAAUAUUCCCAUUAAUUUCUAUUAGACUCGCUGGGACAAUAGGGACAGCCUAAUUUUGGUAAUUGACUGCUCCAGAGAAAUGUUAAAAAAGUCAAGAGGAGAAAUUCCAUUUCAGCUGUGUAUUAAGGUUUGUAUCAAAAUAAUACCACAGAGUAUUUAGCUUCAUUGUUAAAACUACGGAAAGCAGUUACAAUUACAGCUUUUUUCAUACUGUUAAUGCCAUCAAUAAUGUUGAUGGUAGCUUAAUAAGAAAUAGGCCAUAACUGUACCUGGAAUGAACAGAUACUUUGUAUUUGUUGUAGCCAAUUAUUUUUAACAUUUUUCUGUUGUGGUUCAAAUUUUUCUUUGGUUUAAAAUUUCUCAAACUAGUUUAAUUUUUACUUUCCUUUGUCUAAAAUCAAUUACCGUAAUCAGAGACACAGAAAAACAAAAAUUAAACUGGUUUGAAAAAUUUUAAACCAAGGAAAAAUUUAAACCACAACAUAGCCAUCACUACAUGUUCAUAGAUGUUUAACAUCUGGGUUAAUUAUCUAUAGUGUAUUCUAGCCAAGAUCUUAUUUUAUUUUAUUUUUUUAAAUUUUUGCAUUUAUUAGUGUGCUGUGAGCGUCCUGAAGAACAAAAUCGUAAGCAGUGACAAAGACCAGAUUGGCAUUGUAUUCUUUGGAACUGUAAGUAUAUUUGUAAAAAAAGUGACAUUAGCUCCCCCAAAGGGGUACAGGUACAGUGCACAUAAUUAUGGCUCUUUAGGGCAGUUACCAACCCUUUAAGUCCUUGAUUUAUCUUUUGUUAGUUAACCUUCAUUUUACCCGGCCUGUUUUGAUCUGAUUUGAUUGACAGUAUUAUUUUUUUUCUAGGACAAAAGCCAAAAUUCAAGCGACUUUAAGCAAAUUUAUAUUUAUCAGGUAACUUGACUUACAUAAUGUACUGUAAAUUGAAAUCAUUCUGUUAUAUAAUCACUUUCAGCUGUUUUCAAUCUGGUCACUUUUGGUCUUUGGUCUUUUUCACCAGAGUCAUAAAUGAUAAUAGUACAACUGUAUGAUAAUAACUAUUUGUGUCUUAAAUCUACAGGAAUUAGAUUCGCCAGAUGCCAAAAAGAUCCUUGAUCUUGAAAGAUUUCUUGAAGGUAUAAGAACACUUCAACAACUGGCCUUCAGUCCAUUGUUUUGAGCUUGUUUUUUGUGGUUACCCCUGAAUUCUUUGUUCACUGAAGAUUAUUUCAUUUGAUGAAGUGUAACACUUUCUUUAACUUUGCUGCUAACAUCUGUUUCAUUCAAUAUCUAUUUCAGAUGAGAGCUGUGAUAAUUUUGCCACCAAAUUUGGACACAACACUGGAUUUUCUCUGAAUGAUGUUCUGUGGACAUGUUCUAAUAUGUUUGCCAAGAGGUAUGGCUUGUUGAAAGAGUCUUUUUUAUGUGUACUGUACUAUGAGUGCCUGAAAAAGAAUGCUCGGCACACUGUUCAAAGUUUAAAAGGUAGAUCCCACUGUUAAUAGAUACAAAGAUCCUAGGUAAGGUUUGUAGCCAAGUGGAUAUCUAGGUGUGCUGUAGAUGUCCAAUUUUGGGCGAAAAAGAAAGAGUACAUGUGUUGUAGGCUUGAGAGUUGAGGAGGAUGCGUGUCACUUACACAUGUAAUUUGCUCAAGUUAAAAUCCUGGACUAAGUAAUUAUAAGUAAUAACUUCUUGCCAAGGUGUAGUCAUUUCUAUCAUGGGAGACUGGUAUAUACACUGUAAUGCUUGCAGCCACUCUGUAGUGAAUGAGUAUCCACCCUGCAGAGUGUAGGGAAGUAGUAAUACAUGCUACUAAAACAAUGUCAUGCAAUACCUUGGUGGGGAUCCUGUGGCAUAAGUGUACUGACCUGUGAACCAACAGGAUUCAAAAGCCACACUGAUUUGUACAGGCAUGGAUAUCUUGACCAGAGAGUUUCUGGAAACUCACAGUGAACAAAGCCUCAGAACAUAAGGGGUCAGUUAUGUCCCACCUGGCUGAAUAUUCCUGUACCCCACUACAUUUAGUGGAGCAUUUACACCUUUUUUGUACAAAACGGUUACAUUGUAGCUCUCAGAAAACUGGCCACAAGCGAGUCAUGUUGUUCACAAACAAUGAUAAUCCACACGCUGAUAACCCCAGCCUUCAGGUAAGAAUACCAUUAAUUUUAGUUACUUGAAUUUAAAAACCCAAGGGUAAAAUUAAUAUGGUGCGUAUUAAAUUUUUCACACCUUAAAUGCUUGAGGAUAGCACUUAUUUGAGGGCAGCAAUUAAAAUUUUCAAGUUGGAUGCCGCAAAGAAUUGUUAUUAUUAUUAUUAUUAUUAUUAUUAUUAUUAUUUAUAUUAUUAUUAUUAUUAUUAAUAAUGAUGGUAUAAUUGCUAUUUUCUGUAUUAAAAUAACAGAACUAAUAUCUUUUGAUUUCAAUUAAAUUUGGGCCUGCCCUGUUACUAGUUGCAACCAGCUUGAGAAUGGUGAACUAUUUUUUUGCCUUCUUCCAGAGACAAGCAAAGACCAAGUCUAGGGUAGGUGUCAUUAAAGAUGAUCUUGUUGUUGUUAACCCUAGUUAUAGCAGAGCUUUCGGUCAUGGUGGCAGUUGUGUGUUUAAUACUGUCAGUGGAAAAGCAAGUCAAUGACACCAUCUGUAACAAUUUCCUUGGCUAUAAUAAUUACAUGUAAAAUGAAAAUUAACCCUUGCCCACUAUUUUUGUCAACCUACAAAAUAAUAUUAUUAUGAUUUGUUUACAUUUAAACCCAUUGCCAAAAUAAUUAAAGAUGGGUGUGGUGAAGGUGCCAUACCUCGACAAACUGAGUGAGCCACAGGUGAGCGCAGAAUGUAACCAUGAAAACCCUGUGAGAGGCAUUUACUAUAUAUGCACUGUCACAUUGAGAACCUCAGUGGAGGGUUUCAUAGAUACUUACCAACACACAUCCAGAGGGAGGGAGGGCUUGGGGGGGGGCAAAAUGGCUAAAAUGAAUGCAUGGGAAGGCAAUGUGAGCAAAACAAAUUGUCUAACAAAAGUGCUGUAAAAUUUUUGAGGCUGGCUGCAAAUGCGCAAAGAUCACUGCCUUGCAUAUGAUUAGAUAAGGAGGCCACUGGCCAGCAUGUCCUGUGUUUAACCUUGCCUAGAUUACAUUUAGCCACAUUGUAAAUUAUGUUAUUUAUGCACAUGUACCAUUAAUGAAAAAAUAAUAGUCAUCUAAAUUUCUUUUUCAGGAUUUAAGUGAGAUUGGCAUUGCAAUUGAGCUGAUGCAUAUUCAACCUUCUGAUGGUUCCUUUGACUCAAGUCUCUUUUAUCAAGUAAGUACAUAAUUUCCCCAAUUAUUAAAAAAUUCAUUAAUAAUAAUUCUUCAUAAACAAAAACAAAAGAAAUUGAUGUUCAAUGAGUGAGUGUCUUUAUAUCUGAUAAAGACAGGGCUAAACUUUACGUCAAAUUUUUUGGACCAAAAUAGCCCCCAAUCUUAAUAGUAGUGCAAGAUUGAGUUGAUCUUCAUUUUAUAUCAGAGAUUUUGAAGCCGUUCUAAAAACUCAAGAGUGCAUCAUCGGGUUUAAAAACUCUUGGCUUCGCCUCUAGUUUUGAAACCUGUUAAUACACUCCUGUUCAUUUUUAAACAGUAUAUACAAAACAAUUCUUGAUAAUUGUAAUGAUUAUCAUUGAAACAGAACAAAACAGGUUACUUUAAUUUUGUAGGAUCGAAACAGUGAUAAAAAAUCAAAGCUUUUCCUUUACCAAAAACAAAUAAGUGGAAUCCUGAUAUAUUGUAUUUGUUUUAGUAUGACUGGAUCAAGAUACUAUUUCAAUCUAGUGCUAAUAGUAAAUAAUAAUAUUAUAAUUGACUCUGGUCCCAGACAACGAUUAUUAUUUGGUUUGAAGGAAUCUAAGUGUGCAGAAUUCUUGUAAACCUUUAUUUGUCAGUAUUAAGAUAAAAAACUGGUUUGAGUGUCUCAGAGACAGACAGUAAAUUAAUGAUGGCUAAUACUGUCUGCCAUCAUUUAACGGACAAUGACUGAUGAAGUUAACAUGUUGGCAAUUGAUAACCAAAAGUUUAGUGUUUUCUUUGGUGUCUUAUGUGUGCGUGCUGUUUUAUUUUACGGUAUAAACAAGUUUGUUCCACAUUAGCCUUCCACAUUUCAGGAUUUAAUUCAAGUGGAUGAAGAUGAAGAAGGGAUUUUGCCUGAUCCAUCUGAGAAGUUUGAAGAACUACUUUCUAGGUAUUGAGUAUUAAAAUUGGCACUCCAAGCGAGUUUCAAUCUCAUGUCAAAUUUUUCCGUUUCUUUUAAUAACAAACAUAUAAAGAAUAUUAUUUGAAAGGAUAAUCUGGAAGUCUACUUGGAGUGAAACUAUUAUUGUUUGCUGUAAUGAUUUAUUAUGAAAUGAACUAGAAAAAUAAGAACAUUAUAACUUAAGCUAAAAUAAAUCAUAUUAAAGUAGAGGUACAUGAUUGAUUGUUGACUUAACCAUCCUUGUUUUUCAUUAACUAGUUUUGCGCUGUCUUUUAUUCACUUCUGAAUAUUUUGUGAGGCAGUUUCUUGUAUGAGAAAACAAUAUAGACCAAUAAUAUAAGUCCUUUCCGCUACAUUGAAUAAUAAAAUAGUAAACUGUGUUGUCUUUUCUUUACAAAAACAGAGUGAGGAGGAAGCAGCACAAGAAACGACCCAUGGCAACAUUUCCUUUGACACUGGGAGAUGGGAUUGAACUUGGCGUUUCUGUGUAAUUAAUAAGCAUUCUACGUUUGCCAGUUGAUGGAACUUUAACGUCCUGGGCCGGGUUGUUCAAAGCUGGGUUAAGAUAACCCAGAGUUAGUGCGCAAUUUGAAUUCAGAUUUGAAAGCUUAAAAGGCAUUUCAGUUUUAAUUCUUUUUGUCUACAGGUUGAUGAUUGGAAGCCCUAAAAAUAACAGAGAAAAUUAUCCGAGAAAAUACUUUUGACCAUAAGAAAAGGAAACCCGGGUUAAGUGCUAAUUGGCCUUUAAAAAACUGGGCCCAGCUCAAUGUUUGCCCUAGCAAGACAGACAAAUUCUGCACUAUUAUAAUUGUAGCUUAAAACAUCACAAAAUUAAAAUACACAGUGAUAAUUGGACAAAAUUUCAACAUGUUAUUUACAGAACUGUAGGUCAUUGCACAUAAUUAAUUUUUGCGGAUGUUUGUUUUCCGGUCAGUUUUAACCUCUGUGGAGCUGCAAAAAAAUCCAGCCACAUAAAUUUGGACAGCCGCACAAAUGAGGAAAUUAGAACGCACACAAAGUAUAUAUGUGUGGUGAGUACUUAUUGAUCAACUGUAUUAACACAUGUAGUAACAUAACAUUAAAUUAAAAAUUUGUAACACUCAUACAUUUCGCUUUUGGACCUGUAAGUUAGGCAAAGAUACUUUUAUUAAAUUUUGUGUCCAGCAACUGUUUUUAUUUUAAUUUUGGGGUCUCACAAUCUUUACAUUACAUGUAUUUUGAAUCUUUAAAUAGGAUACCGGAAGGGAGCUAAUGCCAACAGAUAUAAAGCUCUAUCAGAUGUUUGGGGGACAAAAAGUAAGGCUGUAUAAUGCUUACCAGUAUAAAUUAAAAAAAGAAGUGCUUCUUGACUUAAUGUACAUUUUGGCUUAAUUUUUGGAAUCGUUGUUGAUGGGACACCCUUGGGGCUGAGGAAAGUGUCCCCUGAAUAGAGGUUGGGGUGGGGUUUGUUAAUGAUUAACCAGCAAAGAAACAAAUAAAUGAUUUAUUUUGCUUUGGAAUCAGCUGCAGUCAAAAUUUGAAGCAGCUAGAUAUUAUACUUGUAAAUUAUUGGCAAAAUUGUGUGUUGAAUUCCCACAAGUUUCAGUUCAUUGAUUUAUGUGAGAUAGACUAUGUAAUCUUUUAAACUUAUCAACCCUCUUUGUUGUCAGUCACGUUUUGAGUGCCAAGGUGUCCCCUUGAAUGGAAGUUAAACCUGGGUUUUGGGACCCACAAUCAAUGACAAAAUUAGCUGAGACACUUUACCUGAAAAUGGGUUUUUGACGUUUUACCAACUAAAGCUUGUCUUCCCCCAUCCUCUAGUACUAGUCUCCAUGCAAUGUUGUGCCGCUGUUCCUGCUACCUGUAGAGAACAACAAACACCCCAACUUUGAAUGGAAGGGAGGGGGGAGGGGUGUGGACAACAAUUUUUUUUUUCAACAUUGAAGAAAGGUGUCCCUUCAGUAAAGGUAACAGAUAUAAAGAUUAUGUGACUGACAUUUUUCCAAGACCAAAUUUUGUGUCCCCUGAAUGGAGGUAUCCCUUGAAUAGAGGUGCCCAACAGGAGAUAUUCCAUGCAUUGUAAUAUUUAUUAUUUUGUUCAAAUUCAGGUCAUCUUUGAGAAAGAAGAAGUUACUGCUAUGAAGACAUUUGGUGAUCCAGGUAUGAUACACUGUAACAGUUUAUUUCACCGCUGAGUGAACUGCAUCAAUACCAAAAAAUACUAUAAUCUGAUUGGUUCAUGUCGGUAAUUUUCUACUGCUUUCUUGGCUCUUGCAGACUAAGCUAGAGCUGUGUUAUUUGACCUAUUUGAUUACUUGUAGCAACUAGUAAUCAGUAAGGGCAGAUCAAGGAGUUUCUGAUGAGAGUGGGGAGGAGGGCAGGAGGAGGGGGGGAUGGGAGGUCCAGAACUAUAAAAUCUCCCAGACAGGCUUUGUUGGUCUUUUUAGCAAGUGACAUUGGUGUACUCAUUGGGGUCAGGAUUAUUUCUCCUAUGAGUGUAUUUAAGGGGUGUCCGGAUCCCCCUGAACCCUUGAAAUUGACCCAUUAAAUUUUAAUAAUAUUAUUGAUAAUAUAUCAUUCCACUUUCAUUGUUAGUAUUAAAAACAAAAGUGUUUAGCCCAGUUUUUGGUUGGUUUUUUAUUAAUAUUAUUGUAUUUUGUUUAUAUUGAUAUUAUUUUGUUAUUAUUUUCAGGUCUUUUGUUAAUGGGAUUUAAACCUAAGUCUUCACUGAAGAACUAUUUUCAUAUCAGACCAGCCCAGUUCCUUUAUCCCAGUGAAAAGGUGUGCAGUACAGUGUAGAAGAACUCAAAAUAAAUUAUAAGAAAUCAACAAUAAUUAAAAUGUCUUGAAAACAUUAUGUAAAAUCAAUGGAGUCCAAAAAAUAGAGUAGUUCUUCUAUUUAGCCCCCAACGUCUUAGUAGUUUUUUAAUUUAUUCGAAAAGAAACAUUUUAACAUAAUAAAUAUUAUCACAAGAAAAUUAAGAAAUUUGUUUUAUACACCCCAAGAACUGUUUUUGAACUCAUCAGUUUGAAACUGGUAAAUGUUCUAAUUAUUACUCUCUCAGCAGUGAAAAAAAUACUAUAAAUGUAUGUCCACUCAGAAAUUAUGAAAAUGGCCUCUGAUUGAGAAACAAAAAAUAAUAUUAAAUAACUAAAACACACAUGGCAGAACAGAGAGUGUGCUUUUGGGUAUAUUAAUGCCUAUAAAGGUCUUAUUUGAAUGAGAUUUAAAGGCCAGUCUUAAACUUGUUUCACAGAGUGUAACUGGAAGUACCACAUUAUUCUCAGCACUUUUGAAAAGAUGUCUUGCAAGGGACGUGGUGCCGAUAUGCCGAUACAUACCCAGGAGUGGCUCCCCACCAAGAUUUGUUGCUCUGUUACCACAGGUGAAUAACUUGACUUGAUUGUUAUUAUUAUUAAAUAACAGUUAUUAAUUUGUUAUCCUCCUGUAGGUUAGACAGGGACAACGAAACACAACUGCAAGUUACAAUUUGGAAGCAAAUAUGUAUAAAUACGCACUUUAACCCUUUUCAGACCAGACAUCCAGAGGGAUCCCCCCCUCUUCCCCUUCUAUAGCUGUCAAUUAAAACCAUGAUUAAUAGUUUAAGGUGCCAGAGACUUGCUUUCUCCAAUGUUACUCAGGUGCUUGAAUCCAUGCUAGGGGUUACAAAUGUACAAGACAAGGAUGUGUGACAUAUAUGUAUAGUUGUAUGACUUGGCUAAUCUGAUACAGCCUGUGUUUUGUGGGAGAAUGACUGUUUCAAGUUGGACUUGAAGCUGGAGUGAUCCCCUGAUUUCAAGUUUGCUGCCUUGACCUCUUGACCCAGUGCCUGAAAUUAUCAUUAGUUAACACUUGCAAUAUUCUUUGUCUUUGAUCCCUUUUUUAAACCGUCUUAUUAGAACUUAAACCUUAUUUUAAACAGAUGUAGUGAUUAAUUAGGGGUAUGUGAUGUGUUACAGUAGAUAAAAUAACCUUAAUGUACCAUGUUUCUCUUCAGCUUGAUGGGCCAAAAAAUCUUUCAGCCUGUAAAUUUAAAAACUGUGUAGCAGUGUUCAAGAAUUCUUUUUAAAAACAAUUUAGCAUAAUUCUAAUGUUUCUGCAAUAAUACAUUUUAAGUAAAAUUUUAAUUCUUGCUAUUUUCAUUUAAGGAGGAAGAAUUAGAAGAGCACAACAUUCAAGUUACUCCACCAGGAUUCCAUCUGAUUUUUCUUCCAUUUACUGAUGACCUAAGGAGACUGAAAUAUGAGGAGACACCUAAAGGUAACUGCACCACAAAAGAAUAAAUAAAAAUUAUUAUAUUGUACAUAAUCCGAAACCACUCCCCUCCAUUCCCCAUCCUUACAAUCAAAGUUUGAAAUAACAAAGGGCCAUAGGGACUGCAAAAAUGUGCACGAUUGCUGUAAAGAGGUGUCAUUUUAUGGAGGUUCUAAUUAAUAUUUUUUGUUUUACCUCACGCUGGGGUGAAGAAGUGCUGUUUUCCGCUGGCUGAGGAACAAACGAAGCCGAUUGAUGUACAGGCUGCCCAGGUGCUCAAAGUACAAUGUAGACAUGGUACCUGGCACUUGCAUCUCCUUUCAUGUGCGGCUCUCACAUGACUUCUUACGCCACCCCCAAGAGUCUAAUAUAGACACAAGCUUCUUGUCCACUAGCUAUCAUAGUAUUAAUGCUGUACAUUUUUUAAUAGUGGGAGUUUAAAUUCAGCAAAUGAUUCUGAAUUCAGUUGCAAGUUAAGGUAUCCUCACAUUCCAAUACUCUAUUACUACUGCACUGGCUGUGAAAAUGUGUAGUUUUUGUUUGGAUUUAAGAUUCUCAAACUUGAUCCAUGCCAUCCCCUUUUUUUAGAUAUGGACUCUUCUCGUGCCUGCUGGAUUAAAAUUAUUUUAUUACUAAUUCAUAUCUUUUAAAUUGUAAUAUUUGUUUUAUACAAUGUAUGUGCAGCCACAUCAGAACAGAUCAGUAAAGCCAAAGACGUCAUCAAGAAACUCACCCUUGGAUUUAGCAGUUCUCAGUUUGAAAAUCCUUGUAAGUUACAUGCAAUGUACAUAUAAUAUUAUUAAAUUGUUACAACUAACAAGUUUUAAGUUUUUUUGUAUUACAUAAUGACAAAUAAAAUUGUGUUGUUCCUGAUAGUCUUCUGUGUUUUACACUGUCUCUUAUUAUUCUUCUCUUCUUGUAGCUCUUCAAAAACACUUCAAGAACCUUGAAGCUUUGGCUUUAGACAGAGAUGAACCAGAAGAAGUCAUUGAUUACACAGGUAACAAUAUUAUUCUUGCAGCCUCCUCUUGUUAUUAUGAAAGGAAUCUUGUACCAACUCGAAUGUACAGAUCAGUCAUGUACCCAGAAAAGUGCUGCAUCCUUUAAUAUAUACCCUAAAGUAAGAUUCGGGGACGAUCUCUUUUGAUAACAGUCAAUAGAUAAUUUAUAAUUAUUUCCUAGUUGUUUAGUUUUUUUUUUUUCCAGACCCCCCCUUCUGUUUAUUUAUUUAUUUAUUUACUUAUUUAUUUAUUUAUCUAUUUAUCUAUUUUUUUCCAGACCCCCCCUUCUGUUUAUUUAUGUAUUUAUUUAUUUAUUUAUUUAUUUAUUUAUUUAUUUAUUUAUUUAUUUAUUUGUUUUUAUCGUUAUGACAUAUACCCUUACUGGCAAAAAUCAUCCCAUGGUCCCUGUUGACUUGAUUUUUCCUUUGGGGGGUCAAUGACAAAGAAAACUUAUACUAGUUAUACUAUACAUCCCAGAUCAAUUCAUGAACAAUUAUUAUGUACUUGAAAUAAUUAAUUUUCAUGAUAUUAUUCUCAUUGCAGAGCCAAAAAUAGAAGCAAUUGAUCGUAAGGCUGGUGAGGCUAUCAAGGAUUUCAAGGAAGUAGUGUUUCCUGAUGAUUAUAAUCCUGCUGGAAAACCUGCUGCGAAAAGAAAGGUAUAAAAAAAUAUUGAAGGGGUUUUAUUUAUUGUUGUUGUUGCUCUAGGAUAACUUUUGGCUUGAUAAAGAGAACACACAGGGAAGAAAGGAACUCAAGUGUGUAAGUGAAGUGUAGUUCAUGGGAAUAUUAGGGCUGGCCAGCAUGAAUUUUUCUUGUGUCGUGGAUGUUGCAGUUAGCAACUAUUGUCUAAAUAUUCAGCCACCUUAAAUGACUAUUGUAAUAAACCCCUAGGGCAUCUUCUAUUUAAUUUUAGGGGUCCAAGCGGGGGCGUUUAAUACAUAGGAGGCAUUUAUAAGAGAGAGGCAUUCAUUCUCGUAACUGUAACAAGCUCAAAAAAACUAGCCUGCAGAGCAGGCGUUUUUUAACGAAAACUCGGAGGUACACUUUUUGACUCGUCCCAACUCUCUGGUAGUAUUAACGUCCAAGAUGGCGGGACAACGUCAUUCCUGAAAACAAUUCAUGGAUCGCGCUCCAAAAUACUCCUGCUUUGCAGGCUACAAAAAAAAACUAAUAUGCUUUCGGUGAAAAUAUCAAGAGAGUUUAAUCAUAGUGGAAUAUCCACGCCAUCAACUUAUAUAUCUUGGCCGUCCAGAGAUCCAUAACACUCUUUCAAAUCCCAAUAUCAAUGUCAGAAUCCUAGCUCAGGGUUAUUGUGUUGCCAUCGUUGGUCUAUUUUUACUUAAAACUUGACAUUGAAUAAAAUGAAAUAUACAUAGCCUGAAUGAAUUGAAUGAUGUUGCUUCUUUUUUCUAUUAUUCCUAGUACAUUGGAGUAAUUCUGAUAGAGGGCAUUUACUAGAGACUAAAAGAGGGGCAUCCAAUACAAUUUUAACAGCACAGAGGGGGCGUUUAGUAGAUAAGAGGCGUUUAUUGGGGAGCGGGAAUUUAUUAGGUCAUUUACAGUAUUCAAAAGAGGUUGGGAUUAGUCAACUAAUCCUGGACCAUUAUUUUAAUGCUCCACAGCCCCCUAACAUUUUGUGAGAAUUCUGCUUAAAAAAAAUUAAUUACUUUUCAUGAUGUCAUCUUUGUUUUAGGCUGAAGGAGGAGGAGCUGCAGCCAAAAGAAGCAAGCCAGGGGAUGAUGUGGAAAUUGAUAUGAGAGAAGAAGCACAGAAAGGCCGGGUAAGUGGCAGUGUUCAGUGAGUCUCUUUUCACCAAAUUAUUACUGAUAACUUAACUCAAUUAUUUAUUUGUCAAGAGAACAAUCUGCUUUUAAUAUACAUUUAUCCAUAGCUUUUUUAUUAAAUUAUGUACAGGUCAAAAUGAAAUUUAGGUUAAAAUUUUUUGACCCAAUGUCCUUUGUCUUCUAGCCCUAGUUCAUUAUUAGGGCCAGGGGGGAAUCAACCUAGUUUAAAAAAGUUUAAUGUGCUAAAUUUUAUUUUGACCUGUAACAUAUAUAUAAAUAGAAUAGAAUGGUUAUGAAGCCCCUGAGAUUCUUUUGUUAUUUUUUGUGGACACAGUCAUGUUCAGUGCAAAUACAUGUACUGUUUCUUCUGCUUUUUUUCUUUACAGCUUUCCAAGCUCACAGUUCCAGUGUUAAAAGAAUUUGUCAAGCAAGCUGGUAUCAAGUGUGGGACCAAAAAGGCUGAUCUAGUUGAAGCUAUCAAGGACCACUUUGGAGUCUGAUUUCUUUGUACUUUUAAAAACAUUAUUGACUUUAUAUUGAAAAUAUGUUUAGUCUCCUACACUGCUGCUCGGGCCAGUGUCAGGCAACGAUCCCGGCAUGGGGGUGGGAGGUUGUGUCUACAUGUAGACUUGAAAGAGAAAGUUUGAGAUAGUUGAAUGCAUUAUUACAAUAAGACAUAUUUAGAUUUCUGACAUUUUAGUUCUUUAAAGACCAUCUUUGAUAUGCAAACGUACUACACACCAUACCAGAACAGAAUUGCUUUAAAAAUGCUGAAAUUAUAGAUUAAGUCUUGCCAAAACCAUCUUUGCAGUAUACAAGUACGAUAUCAAGGUGUAUAGUUUUGUUUAGUUUGCAACACAUCUAAUAAGUUCAUGACAAGAAAUGUUAAUUCUAUUCACAUGCUUUCUUUAAUAAUAAUGUCACUCAAAUAAUAUUAUACACUUUUACUAUUAAUGGUAAGUAGUCUGGAUACAUAGUAUCACAAAGGAAG